AUGCCUUAUCAUGCACUCGGGGGCGAUUUCGCAGCUUCCCGAUUGCUUCCGCAGCAGACGGGCCCGGCUCCGUGCCCCCACCGGCAGCAGAACCAGCCUCCCCCGUUGCUGCUGAGGCAGCUGGAGCCACCCCUCAGCCAGCCUGUGAACAAAAAGCUGCUUUUUGCCUGUGUUAUUUUGGAUUAUUGCAGCAUUUCUCACUCUCCCGGGGAACUGGCGUGUGCAGAGCUGGUGGCAUCUGCGUUGCCACUGAGUUCAGCUGCUGAGGCUGAGCUGCCUCCAGGAGACCUGUGCAACUGCAGCACCGUGGGGAGCGCCAGCGCAGCCGAAUGCAACAGUACGACGGGGCAGUGCCCCUGCCUCGAGGGCUACGUGGGGCUGCGGUGCGAGAGCUGUGCCCAGGGGUUCUACCCGGAGCGGAGGAGCCAGCAGUGCCGUCCCUGCGGCUGCAGCCCUGCCGGCUCCAGCAGCGCCCAGUGUGAUGACUCUGGGAAAUGCCAGUGUAAAGUUGGUGUCACGGACCUGAAGUGUGACCGGUGCAGUGAUGGAUACUACAGGUUUAAUGAAACCACCUGCGAGCCAUGCCAGUGCAACAACCACUCCAAAACCUGCCACAGCUUAACAGGCAUCUGCCUGCACUGCCAGGAAAACACCGAGGGAAAUCACUGCGAGCUCUGCAAGGAGGGCUUCUACAGAAGCACCCGUCCUGCCCACACCUGCCAUCGCUGCCCCUGCUCCACCGUGGCAUCGACUGGCACCUGCCGAAUACAGCCUGGUGAAACUGCCCCAAGGUGUGACAAAUGCAAAACUGGGUACACUGGCCCGAACUGCAACCAGUGCGACAAUGGCUACUACAACUCCGACAGCAUCUGUGUGAGAUGUAAAUGCAACGGGAACGUGGACCCAGCACGGUCACCCAGCGUGUGCAAGCCGGAUAGCGGGGAGUGCAUCGGUUGCCUGUACCACACUGCUGGGUUUCAUUGCGAGGAGUGUGAGGACGGCUACGUCCGAGACCCCGAGGGGACCAACUGCACCAAGAAAGAAGCCACUCUUGGCCCAGAAACAAGGGAGUUUACAACUUCUGCUCCAAAUGCCAGCAAGGCAACAUCAUUUUCAACGGCAGUGAUAAACAGUACGUUGUCACCCACAACUAUACAGACUAUAUUUCCUAUAAGUUCCUCUGACAAUAGUACCUCUGCUUUUGCAGAUGUUUCAUGGACUCAGUUUAACAUCAUUAUUUUGACAGUUAUCAUCAUUGUUGUGGUCCUACUAAUGGGCUUUGUGGGUGCUGUCUACAUGUACCGUGAGUAUCAAAACAGAAAACUUAACGCUCCUUUUUGGACCAUUGAACUCAAAGAGGACAACAUCAGUUUUAGCAGCUACCACGACAGCAUACCCAACGCUGAUGUUUCGGGGCUGUUGGAAGACGAUGGGAAUGAAGUCGCGCCGAACGGACAGCUAACGCUGACGACUCCCAUGCAUAAUUAUAAAGCUUAGAAGAAGUGAUCCAGCUAUUCCGAAGUUGGCUUAAAAAAAGUUACGGGGCUUGUUGAAGGGUAUCAGGAUCCGUGCCAAGGCUCCAUGCAGAGGAAUUUGCUCUUCAGAUACUCUUAACACUGGGCAUGCUGUAGCUUGCAGGUGAACAGAAAAAAGUGUAGUACAUCCGAAUUUCAGGUAAUAUGGUGAAAUGCAUUCAGUGUCCUGUUCUCCAUAAAGAUCCGUAGAACUCACUGUUGUUAAAGACUUGAUUAUGCUGAUCUGAAAAUGUUUUUAUGAAGAGGUGGUGGGGUGGGGAAAGCAGUACCCCAGGAUUAAUCAGAAGCUACUUGAUUUCCAGCCAACCUAACACUUAUGUCUGCAUCCUUUAGUUUGAAAAGUAGCUCAUGAAUUAACAGUGGAUUUUCAGGAAACAGACCUUUGGAAAGGCUUCAUAUUAGUUCCUGAUAUAAAUUUCUUUGAAAAGGAGGACAAAAAAAGGGAAAUAAUUGUUUGCUGUACUACCAAAAGGCAAGUAGAGGAGUGAGUUGCACACUUGAAAAAAGUCACCAUUAUCAGUUUCCACUAAGCAGGGAAACAGGAAAAAAAAUUAUGAAAAUAUUGGAGUUAGGGAAGAGACUAAGCUUUUCCCUUUCUGAGUAUUUAUACAGGGUGAUGAUGAUGCUAUUAAAACAUAGCAAUCCAUUUUUUUUUUUCUAGAAGGAGUUAAUGAACUUGUAUAGUUUCUGUGCAAGGGAAGACGACAAGACAUCUCAGGGUUGCCGUGUAAAAAUAAAAGCUAGGCUUAAUACCCUACCCUGAUAGAAAUGGUCUGUUCUGUAUAUAAAAUGUAAUAUAUCU